CCUUAGAUUUGACUCGGGAGCUAAAGAGCGAAUCAUGGUCGGAUGGCUGCAAAGUUUCCGACCGAAGUUUGGUCACAGAUUUGUUGCUGGACUGGUAGGAUUCUGCACUUUGUUCAUUUUGAGUUACAUAACAACGAACAUUGGACGCCAUCAAAGAUUUCCACAUCCAGUUAUUGGAUUUUCUAAUGGGAACAUAAAGCCAUCUAAAAUUGGAUGUUUGAGUUAUACAUCUUACAGGAGUUCAGAAAAGUUUAGGACGAGGCCGAAAAAAAUACUUGUGGUAAAUAAUGGCAGAUUAACCUACGUUGGAUAUAACUACAACAAUGAAUUGACAAACGUUACUUCAUCAGUGUUGAAAAUUGGACUUUAUAACAAGUCUAAAAAAGAAAUGACAAUGUAUGACGUGGACGUUUUCUUCCUAAAACCAUUGUUAAAAUGCACUUUGAAAAUUGAAAACAUUGGAAAAAGUUUUGUUGAAAAGGCUGAUGACUUGGCUUUGUCAUUUGGAAGUAAAAGUAUUCAGACAUUUGUAAAAUCAAGAAAUAAACAAGGGCAGUUAAAUCUGAGCUCGCUUGAAAGUAUCUCUGUGAAAAGCAUUGAUGAAGGUUUGAAAGCAAUGACUUCAGAUAUGCAACAAGACACAACCACCACGCCGUCUAUUUUUCCUCAGCCGAAUGAGAAUGCUACAGAUGUAUCACAAAUUUAUAAUCUUCAUGAUAUUCUCCAAACUGAAACAUAUGAUGCUUUGGAAGCAGAAAGUAAUAUAUUCCUUAAUGUGACUCGUCAACAAAUUGAGCUCUGGAAGCAGGAAAAUAAAUACUGUGAAUUUAUUACAAAGUUUUUGGAAUUUAAUUUGACAUCCAUGAAUGCACAUAAAUCCAAGCUUCUGUUAUACUUGCAUUACAUGACCUGCUUUCUGAGGCUUACGUAUUUAGACUGGAGAAAAAAAGAUCCAUUACCUGAAGUUCCUCAAGUUUUCAAGAAAGAAUUAAUGGAUAAAUUUGUUAUAAACAAACCAGGAACCAGGCAGUACUUGAUCCAGCACCCUCAGAGAUAUCAAUUUGAAAUGGGAACUUGGACGUAUUCAUGGCCACGACAGAUUGAACGUGAACUAGCUGCCUCUAGCGUGCACGGAGGAUCUCCGACCGGCUGCAUCGAACCCGUGACCCGUCAGUUACGAGUUCAACGCCCUACCGAUCAGGCCAUUGCGGCCGCAUAUUAA